AUGAGUCUCUCGUCAUUCCUCCUUCCGGGAACCAGCAAGGGAAAGGCGAAAAACAUAGAUCAAGGGCUCGAUCACCUCUUCCGCUCGACGGCUCCCGUGCCACAUCCUUCCACAAUCACUGCAUCAAGUACGCCCGCCGCUGCUGACGCUGCCGCAUCGCUCUCGCACAAGAAGCGCAAAGCUGCGGACGCCCCCAAAGGCAAUGCGAAGCGGUCCAAACCAGAUGCAUCACGCUCAUCAAAAUCUGCCAAGUCUAUAUCUGCGAAGCCUAAGAAACCGGAAAGCAGUGAAGAGGACUCGGAAGACGAGUCGGAGCCGGAUGAAGUGGACGAAAAUGCUCCCGGCUCCGCGCAGAGCGAGAGCGAUGAUGAUGGCAAACGGAUAAACGACCACGACGCGGACUCGAGCGACUCGGACGAUGAGGGAGACCCAUCGAAAAUGAUGCAUGAGUCGCUGCUGAAAGGCGCGUCCGCGAAAACUGCCGUCAGCGGGAAGAGGAACGACGUGCCCGUCGAAGAGAUGGCGGAGCAGCGCGAUGCGCGGACAAUAUUCGUCGGAAACGUCGCGGUCGAGGUGGCCAGGUCGCAGCCGGCGCAAAAGCAGCUCAAGCGGCACCUCCUCGCCUUCGUCCCCUCCGCCAAAAUCGAGUCCGUCCGCUUCCGCUCCGUCGCGUUCAAGAACCCGACGUCUGAGCUCCCCGCCGACGACGACAAGGGCAAGUCCAAAGCUCCCCAGCCCAAACCCAAGACCCGCGAGCACGACCGCGAGCGCGCCGCGUCCUGGCGCGACGCGGACGAGGCGGCGACGGCGGCCCCCAAGCAGUACCUGACCCCGAAGGAGAAGAAGCGGGUCGCGUUCAUCAAGCACGAGAUCCACGAGCAGGUCGACGCCGUGAACGCGUACGUCGUCUUCGCGCUCCCGCCGUCUGCGGCCGCGCUCGCGCGGCGCCCCACGAACGUGCCCCCGCUGGCACCAGUGAUGGACCCGUACACGGCGGCGCAAGAGUGCGCUGAGAAGGCGGACGGGAGCGUGUUCCUCGGGCGCACGCUGCGCGCGGACAUCGUGAAGAGGGGAACAGCGCCGGGGGCGGAGGAGAGUACGACGGGUGACAGUGGGAUGGCCGGGGACCCGAAGGCGACGGUGUUUGUGGGGAAUCUGGACUUCGCGAGCAAGGAGGAGGCUUUGAGAACGUUCUUCGAGGCUAUUGUGAAGGCGGAGAGGGGAGAGCCCGGAACGAAGGGAAAGCAAAAAGCCGGCGAGAACGUGCGGGAUGAGGAAGACGACGAGGAGAGUGAGGGCGAGGGUGACGGCGAGGAUGAAGAUGAAAAUCAGGAAGUCGGGAAGAAGGCUCAAACGUGGGUCAAGCGCGUUCGCAUAGUACGUGACAAGGACACACAGCUCGGGAAGGGUUUCGCGUACGUUCAGUUUGUGGACCGAGAAUGCGUAGACGAGAUCCUCGCUCUCGACCAAACAAAGCUGAAGUUCGCCAAACGCAAGCUUCGCGUACAACGCUGCAAGACCCUUCCUGGCGGUCCCAAACUGCGUGUGGCACGGCAACCUCGCACCGGUGCUGCUUCUGCGACUUCUUCCAAGAAUCCCCACGCAGGCUCCUCCAGGCCACCACCACCACCUCGUUUCGAACCUGCAUCAAGGCAAUUACCGCGGGGCAACCCCGCUCUUGGGCAGAAGCUUGUCGGUCUCUCGAAGGAGGAGCGCAAGAAGGCGAAGGCGACCGAUCCAGACCGUCUUGCUCGUCGACUGGCGAAGAAGCGCGGCAAGGCACUCGCCGAAAAGGGCGUGAAGUCGCAGGUGGACCGGGAGCGCGUGCGCAAGCGGCCGAACGACAAGAAGGGUGGUGCGAAGGAGGGCGCGAAACAGAAGAAGAGAGUCAGGAGUGGGAAGGCGAUUUCGAAGUUGAAUACGAAGAAGUAG